AUGGCCAGUUUUGUACGAGGUUGUAAAACCGUGCGUCCCACGGAGGAACAUGGAAAUUCGGUUGGGCAUUUGAAUAAGGAAACCGAUCAGCUGAAUGGUAAAAUGUUUGGGGGAAGAUGCCUCCAAGAAGAACAUUAUGAUCGAACCCGGUACAAGUAA